AACGAUGGGAAACAAACAAGUGAAGCAACAUUUUGAGACUGCCAAGAAAACUGGUGUGCUGAAGAUAUCGCUCCUGCGGUUGGACGAGUUUCCUUCCGCACUGAAAACAUUCCCGAACGUGUUGAAAACAUUGGACUUUUCGGAAAAUCGAUUCACAAUCCUUCCGGAGGACAUUGCCAAAUUCACUCUCCUCAAGCAUCUGAACGCGAGCGGCAACAAAAUAGCGGAAGUACCCGAGUGUAUCGGCGUGCUGGUCAAACUGGAAACGCUCAACAUGAUGAACAAUCUGCUCACGGCCGUACCGAGAAGUCUGUCGUGCUGCACCCAUCUGAAGCAGGUAAUCCUCAGCAACAAUCAGAUCAACACGUUCCCGGUUGUAUUUUGCGAGCUGAAGCAGCUGGAUCUGCUGGAUCUAUCGCGCAACAAAAUAACGGAAGUUCCGUCCGAGGUGAAAUCACUGCAGGUGACCGAGCUUAACCUGAACCAAAACCAAAUCACCAUCAUCGCAGAAGAGAUAGCCGACUGUCCGAAGCUGAAGACGCUACGGCUGGAGGAAAACUGUCUGCAGAUAUCGGCCAUACAUCCAAGAAUUCUGAUCGAAUCGAAAGUUUGCAAUCUUUGCGUGGAUGGGAAUCUUUUCAACUCGAAGCAGUUUAACGAGCUACAAGGAUACGAAGCGUACAUGGAACGGUACACCGCGGUUCGGAAAAAGAUUUCCUAA